AUGAAGUCAACAGCAUGCUCCGUCUGUCGGAAAGAUUUUACUCGUCCUGAUAAUCUAGGUAGACAUAUGCGAAAUGCUCAUGGGAGCAGUCAACCAUAUCCUCAAAGCACUCUAGCGUAUCCUCAAACUACUGAACCAUAUCCUCCUCCUCCUCCUCCUCCUCAGGACUUCACUCCUCCUCCUCCUUCUCCUCCUCCUCCUCCUCCUGCUCAGGACUUCACGCCCCCCCCUCCUCUUCCUCAUCAGGACUUCACUCCUCCUCCUCCUCCUCCUCCUCCUCCUCCUCCUCCUCAGGACUUCACUCCUCCUCCUCUUCCUCCUCCUCCUCCUGAGGACGUCUCUUCUCCUCCUCCUCCUCCUCCUCCUCCUCCUCCUCAGGACUUCACUUCUCCUCCUCCUCCUCCUCAGGACUUCAUUUAUUCUCCAGAAAAAAAUAUGUUAUCAGAAGGCAUGAUGGAUGAUAAGUUUCAGAUUGUGCACCCCUUCACCAUGAUCGUCGCGGGACCAACGUGUCGGGAAAAUCUACCUUUAUCAAAAACUUACUUCUACUACAUGAACAUCUCAUUCGUCCUGCACCUGAAUUUCUUUUUAAGCCUUCAUCUUUUGGUGAGAUUUAUGACAAAAUUUAAAAUUUAA